GUACUUUUUCGGUCUUUUGCUCUGUUGGUGGAUACUCUUUCCCAUCGCAGCGUUGGGAGCGGACUGGUUUCGUGUUUGCGGGUGUUUGUUUGCUUGCUGGUGGCUUGGCUUGUCGAUUCCAGCUCGUCCGAGUGCUGGCUGUAAUCAACAAAAUGCAGCAGAAAAUGGCCACACAUCGAGCCAGUUGCGAGUGAACUCUUGUGCACCGUUCAAAGUGUGACGAAUUCCGACAAAUAAAAGCCGAUAAAUAAGCGGGAAGAGCCAGAAGGAUAGCAGGAUAGCAGGACAGCAGGACAGAAGCAAAAGCGGAGCAAGAAGAGAGCAGGUGGAGGUGGAGGUGGAGCAGCACCAGUGCGAGUACCAGUGGCAGUGGCAGUCCAAGCACCAGGAGCAAGGGAAAAGCGAGUCCAAGAAGAAGCAGGAUACAAUUUCCUUGCAUUCUUUCAGGCGCACAAAGAAAAUGAGCGCUAAGAUGACACGCUACAAACAGACAGAAUUUACAGAAGAUGAUUCAAGUUCAAUUGGCGGAAUUCAACUGAACGAAGGCACAGGCCACACUGGCAUGCAAAUACGCUAUCAUACAGCGCGGGCUACUUGGAACUGGCGCUCAAGGAGUAAGACCGAAAAAUGGCUGCUAAUCACGACGUUUGCGAUGACGAUGACAAUCUUCACGCUGCUGAUCGUGCUGUUUGCGGACAGCAACAGCGACAAAACGAAGCACAUUCUACACGUGCAGCCGCACAAGAAAGAUUGCCCAUCAGGGAGCGAGGUGCCGUGCCUGAACAAGCACUGCAUAUUUGCGUCGAGCGAGAUCCUGAAGUCAAUCGAUGUAACAGUAGAUCCAUGCGACGACUUUUACGGAUAUGCAUGCAACCAAUGGAUCAAGAACAACCCCAUUCCAGAGGGUAAGUCGACAUGGGGCACAUUCGGUAAGCUGGAGCAAAUGAAUCAGUUGAUCAUCCGCAAUGUGCUCGAGAAACCCGCCGCGACCUUCAAAUCGGAGGCCGAGAAGAAGGCCAAAGUGUACUAUGAGUCCUGCCUGGAUGCCGAUGAGCACAUGGAGAAGCUGGGCUCCAAGCCCAUGAACGAUCUCCUCCUUAAGAUCGGUGGCUGGAACGUAACCCAGAGUGGCUACAAUGUGUCCAACUGGACCAUGGGAAACACCCUCAAAAUACUGCAUAACAAAUACAACUUCAAUUGCUUGUUUGGCUGGGCGAUCGGGGAGGAUGACAAGAACUCCUCGCGUCACGUCAUCCAGAUCGAUCAGGGCGGCCUGACCCUGCCCACAGCCGAUUACUACAACAACAAGACGGACAACCAUCGGAAGGUUCUGAAUGAGUAUAUCGAGUACAUGACCAAGGUGUGCGUUCUUCUGGGGGCCAACGAGACCGAUGCUCGCGCCCAGAUGCUGGGCAUCAUUAACUUUGAGAAGAAGCUGGCGAAUAUCACCAUACCGCUGGAGGAUCGCCGCAACGAGGAGGCUAUGUACCAUCCGAUGAAGCUACGGAAGCUGGCCAAGCUGGCCCCCUUCCUCAACUGGACGGAUCAUUUUGACAAUGCCCUGCAGAUGGUCAAUCGACGGGUCACCGACGACGAGGUCGUCGUUGUCUAUGCCCCCGAGUUCCUCAAGAAUCUCUCCGAUAUUAUCAUGAAAAUGCAGCAGACCGAUGAGGGAAAGAUCACCUUGAACAACUAUCUCAUCUGGCAGGCGGUCCGCACCCUGACCAGCUGCCUCUCGAAGCCGUUUAGGGAUGCCUACAAGGGGGUGCGCAAGGCACUGAUGGGAUCCGACGGUGGGGAGGAGAUCUGGCGCUACUGCGUCUCCGACACCAACAACGUGGUCGGCUUUGCUGUGGGUGCGAUCUUCGUGCGUCAGGCCUUUCAUGGGGAGUCGAAGCCGGCUGCCGAGCAGAUGAUUGUCGAGAUACGGGAGGCCUUCAAGCACAAUAUGCAGAACCUCACAUGGGUGGAUAAGCAGACCCGCGAGCGGGCCAUCGAGAAGGCCGAUCAGAUCUCCGACAUGAUCGGCUUCCCCGACUACAUCCUCGAUCCGGCCGAUCUGGACAGAAAGUACGCCGACUUGAACAUAACUGCGAAUGCAUACUUCGAUAACAACCUCCAGGUGGCCAUCUACAACCUGAGGAGCAACCUGAAGCGCCUCGACCAGCCCGUGAACAAGACCAACUGGGGCAUGACCCCGCAGACGGUGAACGCCUACUAUACGCCCACCAAGAACCAGAUCGUAUUCCCCGCCGGUAUCCUCCAGACGCCCUUCUUCGACAUCAACAACCCCAAGAGCCUGAACUUUGGGGCCAUGGGCGUGGUCAUGGGCCACGAGCUGACACACGCCUUCGACGACCAGGGCCGAGAGUAUGAUAAGUUUGGUAACAUCAAUCGCUGGUGGGACGCCAAGAGCAUUGAGCGCUUCACCGAGAAGUCCGAGUGCAUUGCCCGCCAGUACAGUGGCUACAAGAUAAACGGACGCAACCUGAAUGGCAAACAGACGCUUGGCGAAAACAUUGCCGAUAACGGUGGCCUCAAGGCAGCCUACCACGCCUACCAGCGGACUAAGAGCGAAAAGGAGGCGGACAUCCUUAAACUACCCGGUCUAAAUCUGACGCAUUCGCAACUCUUCUUCGUGUCCUUUGCCCAGGUCUGGUGCUCGAGCACUACAGAGGAGACGAAUCUGUUGCAGGUGGAGAAGGAUCCGCACUCGCCGUCACAGUUCCGGGUGAUCGGGACCCUAUCGAACAUGAAGGAGUUCGCCGAGGUCUUCCAGUGCAAGCCCGGCAAGCGCAUGAAUCCGACCAGCAAGUGCGAAGUGUGGUAAGAGUGCACUGGGCACUCCCAUAGAGGGAUGGAGGGAGAGAGAGAGCGAUCUCAGAGCAAGCGAUGGCUACUCGUAAAGCCAUGCUAUAUGAUAACUAUGGAUAUAUGAUAUAUGAUAUAUGGAUAACUAAACGCAGACUAAGAGAAGCGUCUUUGCUGUGCUAUUUCCGUUUCCUGUAUUUUAAUUUUAUAGUUGUAUACCAUGCUUAACAUUUGUCUUAACAUUUUGUCGAAAGACCGUCAGUCAUUGUGCCUAUGAUAGAAAUGAUUGAAACUGACGAUAAAUUCAUAUUUUUACUUUGGCGAUUCCGCACCGGGGGAGCUGCUACGACUGGCAGUGCUCUCGAGCAGCGAACCUCCAUCAAAUGGGACAUCCUAAAAACUACAUACAUAAUUUGGCUGAGUGUGUGCUCUUUGGGGUAAAACCAAACCAAUGUAAAGGCAAAUACCCCACACACACACAAAAAAGGUCAAAGUCAGAGCCAGAGUCUGGCUGAUAUAUACAUAUAUAUAUAUAUAUAUAUAGAUAACGAUAAAUGAUAUAUGAUAAACGAUAAACUUAGCUAUUUGUAGAACUAUGAAUGUAUAUUGUAUGUAUUAUAGAGAUACCAAAAUAUCGAAUGACACGAAUCGGGACGACUCAAGUCUAGAAAGUGGAUUAAUAACACGAUAUAUUCAGCUAGAGAAAUCUAUUGGCUUGACUUGAGUCCUCGAAAUGUGAAAGCGAGAUAGCUAGUGAUGUGUGUGUGUGAAAGCGACAGAGAUAGCGAUAGCGAUAGCGAAAGAGAGAGAGAGUCUUAAGCUUUUGAGUUGCCAAAUAUGAAACAGAAAUCGGAACGAAUUUGAAUAUAAUUUAUUUCCUACGAGUAUAAACUAAACAAAAUUAAAAGGCCAAUCGGUUAUUUAAAACCUGUUUCAAUUGGUAUAUUUCGUUGAAUCCUAAAUAUCGAAUUGAAACAAUAAUUUAUUAUUAUUUUCUCGCUGUGCCAGACAGAAAGAGAUUUCUCUCUCUUGCGGGCGUGAUUGAGACAUGGAAGAGAGAAGAGAGAAUAGGUAAAAGAACAAAACACCAAAUAUACUCUAGAGAAGAACAAAAACACCAAAUAUACUAUGGAUGAACAAGAAGAUUUGAUGGCGUAUACUACCUACAGAGAAGAAUAAACACCAAAUAUACUAUGGAUAACCAGAUAUCGAAAUUAUAUAGCAAUUCACCUAACAAAGUCAUCUGAAAGCGUUUUCUUUUGUACAAACGAAAACAUAUCGUUAGCCGUACAAAAAAGAAUAAGCACCAAACCAAACCAAAGCAAACCAAAUAGUGAAACAACCCAAGUGGAUCUUAAUCGAACACCAAAUUGGGCUCAAUUGGGCCAAAUAGCUUAGCCAUAAGUAAUCCGAAUCAAUCAAACAAUAAACGCACAAAUCGCCAUACUUAGCAUACGGGUAUGGGUCAGAGUAUAUGGCCAAAGAAAUAUGGUUCCUGGAGGCCUGGACUCAACUCUCAAGGGCGAGCAGAGUGCCCCUUUGGUUUUGGUACAUUUACGGGUACAUAUACGAGUAUCGUACA